AGCGAGCUAACGUUGGGGACUGGCACAGAUAUCAACCGUUAACGGGCGGUUUUGGAUGUCGCGACACUGCAGCUUUGACUUGGAUAAGAUUGGACCAAACGGUGACAGGAGACAGGAGAGGAGGGAGUUUGAUGAUAUAAAGCAGGUACGGGAGAAAGCGGCAAGAGCACCUUCAUCAAGCAGAUGAGGAUCAUCCAUGGAGCCGGGUACUCAGACGAAGAUAAGCGAGGCUUCAUACGGCUCGUUUACCAAAACAUCUUCACCUCCAUGCAGUCCAUGAUCCGUGCCACCGAGACCCUUAAGAUCCCCUACAAGUUUGAACAGAACCGGUCUAAUGCCAUGCUCGUGAAGGAGGUGGACAUCGAGAAGAUCAAUGGCUUCGACCAACCUUACAUCACGGCUAUCAAAACCCUGUGGGCAGACCCAGGGAUCCAGGAGGCCUAUGACCGCCGCAGAGAGUACCAGCUCUCUGACUCCACUAAAUAUUAUCUUUCCGAUCUGGAUCGUAUUGCAGAUUCCAACUAUCUUCCCACUCAGCAGGAUGUGCUCAGGGUGCGCAUCCCCACCACAGGAAUCAUAGAGUACCCAUUCGACUUGCAAAGCAUCAUUUUCAGGAUGGUGGACGUAGGGGGUCAGAGGUCAGAGAGGAGGAAGUGGAUUCACUGCUUCGAGAAUGUCACCUCCAUUAUGUUUCUCGUGGCGCUGAGUGAGUACGACCAGGUCCUGGUGGAGUCGGACAACGAGAACCGUAUGGAGGAGAGUAAAGCCCUGUUCAGGACUAUCAUUACCUACCCCUGGUUUCAAAACUCCUCCGUCAUCCUCUUCCUGAACAAGAAGGACCUGCUCGAGGAGAAGAUCGCCUACUCACACUUGGUGGACUAUUUCCCUGAGUUUGAUGGUCCUCAGAGAGAUGCACAGGCGGCGCGGGAGUUCAUCCUCAAGAUGUUUGUGGACUUAAACCCAGACAGCGACAAGAUCAUCUACUCUCACUUCACUUGUGCCACGGACACUGAGAACAUCCGCUUUGUGUUUGCAGCUGUCAAAGACACCAUCCUACAGCUCAAUCUCAAAGAGUACAAUCUGGUGUGAGGGCUCCCCCCCCGUACGACGCGCAUCUCCUCCCCUCUGCACAAAGGCACCUCUUUUGGGAGUGUGUGCGCUCGACUCCACAUGCAUUACACAGCACAUCAUGCCGGCUCUCUCUCUCACACACACAGACACACACACACACACACACACACACACACUAAUAGAACCGUUUGUUUUUUCCAGUACAUUCACAAAUCGUCCCACCUGCGAACGCCGUCCCUCCUCUUUUCACCAAAGCUCGCCCUCUCUUCCUCCUUCGCUCGGCAGCUUGUUGUGUCAGAGUCCUCGCUCCCCCCAAAGCUGCUCCACGUGUCAGAUUUGGCCCCCUCCCCUCUUUUCGGCUGCUGGCUCUGGCACAUUUCAUCUGGCACACAAACCUUUCACACGGGCUGUACAGUGACUGAAGGGGACUUUGUUGUAUGUGUGUUUGUGUGUGUGUGCGUGCGUGUAUAUUUGGGGCAGCAUUGACUAGCGAGGAGCUGUGUUUUGGUGAAUAGCAGCAUCAAACCCCCACCCCCCUUUUCUUUUCUUUUUUUUUGGCCCUCUCCGGAGUUGACCCUCAAGAGGUGCGAGAUCAGAUCCUCCAUCGUGUCCUCUCGGAGCUCCCGUCAGCGUGGAAGGAAAGCAAAAUAUUACUGUUAUCUCCUGAAACCAACCGAGGACCCAGCCAGCGGCAUCAUGCCUCUCGGGACAGAGCGUUUUGGACUGGAAGUGAGGUCGGACACAAAGGGGGGGACGGGGCCGAGGAUUCUGUCUCCACUUCGCAUCGAUGAAUGUACCCACCAGUGUGAGCGUCACAAUCACAGAGAGGAAAAAAACAAAACAACAACUAGAAAUAUAUACUAUGAAGUAAAUGCAUAUGUAAACACACUUAAGACAAAAAGCACGAGAGGGCAAGACAUAGCUAAUCAAAAUCUGUUCGUUGCUUAGAUUUUUAAAAUGUUUUUAAUGAUAGAAAUUUGUUGCUAACGUCUACUUCUAUUUAACAAAUAACGGCUAAAAGGAACGGUGAUAAGAAGUGGUAAGAAAAUCUAUAAAAACUUUUAAACUUUGCAAAACAAAGACGUCUAAAAAAACGAAACAAAAAAAAAACAAAAGAAGAAGAAGCAACCAGAAAUUAAGUAUCCUUUAAAGGUUUCUGUGAGAUUUGUGUUUUAUCUUUUUUUUAAGUUAAUCACAUCGCUUCCCUCCUCCCAGAUGUUUGCUGUAUGGACUCGCAGGGACAAUCUUCCAUGUGACAACCCCGUCACAACAUCUGGCUCCACUGAUAACCUGUCACCCCCUUAUUACAAAACACUAGCUGCGGGUGAGAGCUCCCUGCUUUAUUUUUAUUUUUUGAGCAACAGGCUCUGCUCUGAUUGGUGGAAACAUAUGUGGAGGGAGGAGCGGGGGGAAGAGAGUGGGAUGAAGAGUGAUGUCAUCAGUGUUUAUCGGAGCACAGCUGCAGAAGUAGCUUAUUCGACAAAAUAAAAGCUUGUAAGCGUAAACGUGCCCGCAUCCUCCAGGCCUCCCCCCUCCCCUCGGGUGUGGAUGAAACUCACGCAGUGACAUCAAACCUGUGUCAGCCGUCCAAUCAGACACACUUCCUGAGGGUGACAUCAGGAGGUGCUUCUGUUUACUUUAUUCUUUUCUCUUUUUUUUACUGUAUAGUCACUUUGUUUAUAUAAAGAUUGCUUGCCGUCGAGUGGUGGGAGGAAAAUGGGGAGGGGGGGCUACGAACCUUUCACAGAAAAACGCACUCUGAAGUCUGCAAACGUUGUUUGUGUAUAUUUGUUUGUAAAUACAUAUACACAAAACACUCCUGUACAAAAAAAAAACAAAAAAACGCUCUGUGGUACACCAUCUUUGGCAAAAAAAAAAACAACACAAAAAAAGUAUCAACUUCUUUCAUUAGCAUACAGUUUUGAAUUUAUGGUAGUAGUGAUACUGUGAUUAUGGAUUUUUAUUUUUUAUUUUUUUGUUCACUUGAUUAUUAGGACUACACAGAGCUCAAGCGGUGUUGAGGAAGCGAAGGGCGAAGGAGCAUUAAGUCAGAGAUAAAGAGGUUCCUCUCGACUCCACACUACUGCAGACAGCUCUGGCUCCAGAGUAUAACUAACUAGGGCUGGUUUAAAAAAUCUUCACAGUAUGGUGACAAGAUGAUUUUAAGAGUAAUAAUAGAUUUUUUUUUUUUUUUUUAAUUUAUCUAAUUUAUGGACCAGGUUUGAAGGUGUUGAUAAUUUGACUGCUUUUGAUUCUGUCAUGUUUUUGAAGUGCUCCUUUUCUCAUGCCGGAGCCUACUUGAGUCUGAACUGCUGUAAAAAAAAACAAAAAACAAAAAAAACAAAACAAAAAAAACGAAUGUCUGGUAUAGUAAGGACUUUAUCUCUGCUUUCUAUUUCUUAUUGAGACAUUUCCAGUUGUACUUGCCAUCACAUCUGCAUCCAUGAUAAUACUGUUUGUUUGUUUUUUUUCUUUAGGAGCCCUCACGUUUGUUUUGUUUCAUUUGUUUGUUUUUUUUUAAUGAAGAAGAAACUCGUAUUUCCUCUCGGUUUAUAGACGCAGCGCUGUAACGCAUACCUAGAAAAAUGUACAGUACGAAACGUAGGUGGACUUUUUUAUCAGUGAUUGAAGACCCACGCGGUCCAUGCUUGCUAUUUGUAAUUUAACACAGGGGAGAAAAAAAAAAUCUGUUGUCGUUUUCUUUUCCUUUUUUUUUUUUUGCAUUCGUUAAUUUCCAGUUUUUUGAGGCUUGCUUUGAUUAGUGCCAGUGAAGUGCAGAUAUACUUUUUUGGUCUUUGACCUUUUCUACAGGUGACUUAUCCUUCAUCCUCAUUAAGGGCUAUCACAGUGCAUCAGGCAUCAGACGGCGGGGAGUGGGAGUGGGAGUGCAGGACCACAGUGAACCAAGUCAUCCACUACUAAUCCUUGUUUAGAAAUGGAGAUUACUUGCAGUAUGUGCUAUAAGAAGUACAGGCAGGACGUUAAUGCAAAUGUAAGGCGUGUGUGUAGAGAGUUUACCAACACUAAGCAGUUUCUCUUUGUAUGUAUUUCCCUUUUUUUGUGUGCGUGUGAAUUAAGCGGACCCAGUAUCUGGCUCUCUGACCUUCACUACUUGUUUGUUUGCAUUGGUAUCACAGUGUUACCUGUAAUACUUCAUGCAGUAUAGAAACACUAAUCACUAAAAGACACUACUACUACUACUACCAGGACAAGUAUUGCAUGUCCCCCCCCCAAGUAUUUGACUUAUAGCUGAUAGCCAAGUAAUGACCAUGCGUGUGGCUUUGCAUGUUUAACCCAUUGACUACAAAUCUCUCACUUUAUUACUGGUUUUUAAAUUGAUUUCCUACUUCAGCACGCAAGCCGUUGGUUUCCCAUUCACGCCAGUGACGUUUGAAUUGUAACUUGCAGGGACUUCAAACUUGAUUCUCAGAGAUGCUCCACACCACAGUGGGCAUUUAGUCUAUUUUCUUAAUGUGCACUUUUGUUCUUGCAACCACAGAACCUAAAAAAAAGACAAACAUUAGAGGACAAAUCCAACUAAAUAAGUUCUAAUACUCUUAACACUAAAAACUGAGUCAGAGGUACUGAAUUAAUCUAACUGACAGAAUGAACACUACACUUUAUAAUACCACUAAGAAAGAUCCAACACCUGAUCACUAAAUAACGUCAGUGUCGGCAGCAUAUCUAAUCUAAUCAGAGCACCCUCACACCUAAGAUGAUUUUCAUCACUCCGUGUUCUCAGCUGCGUUAAAUCACUAAAACGUGGAAACCAAAGGAUGCCAAACACUUAGGGAAUCAAUCUGAAAACUCUAAAGUAUGCUUCAAAAAUGUGAAGCAAUGAUGUAAAGUUUGAACACUUACAUUAAUGAGGCUAAAAUAUAUACAAUAAUUUUUUUUUUUAAAUGCCAGUGUGGUCCUUAACUGCCAUUGUGUUUGCUGAAACCGUGGAAGACAGCAGACAGCCAAACGUUAGACUGUUGUCGUAAAGAGAGGUCUGGAUGCCAGUAUUUAUAUGGAAUUACCAGUAUGGAUACCCAAGUAUUUAUCAGUAGUUGUGUUUUUAAGAUUUACCAUGUGUUGAGUGCAGCUCACUUCCAUGUUGUAUUAUAAAAGACUUGACACUACAACUCUGGCACAUGGUGAAGGGCUGACUGGCUGUUAGUGUGGGUUUGGUAGUGUGUUAGCGGCCCUGUGUUGCACAAUGUGUGUUUUUUUUUUUGUUUUUUUUAACACAUUUGAUCUCAACAUAUGAGUUGGAAAGAGUUGGAGGGCAGUGUCGGAUGAAAUCUCCUUCUCGUUCUUUCAUUCUUGUCCGUUUUCGAGCAGUAAGCAGUGGAAAGACUGGAUUGGGUUUUUCACUGUGGCGCUUAUUUAUUGCCUUUCAUCGCCUUGAAUACUGACACGUGGUGUUUGCGGGGUCCCUCCUUUUAAGGUUUUCGGAGCACGCUCGGUGACUUCUUUUGUGUGUGUGGCCGUCGUGCGACGUCCCCACCUUGUUGUGGGGGGGUCUUGUUAGAAGUGAGCGGAAUCAAACUGUCGGGCGUCGGCGCGGACUUGGUGCAUAUUCAAAGCUUAAACCUUGUUUCAUUUCCUCCGUGAUAAGAAAACAUUACCAGAACACUAUUAUUUAGGACCACUUGAUUAAUUUUUUUCCUCACUCCAAUGAAACCUGAAGGUCAAUUGUGUAGUGGUGUAUAAAAUGCUGUUUGUUUGUUUUUCUUUUUUCUUCAUUUUGUAUGUAAACCAACUGUAAAUGAUGUAUUAUACUGAGUGUGCCAACCCCACUCUCUCUAGAGCCAGGCUCUCUCUAAGUGCCAACGCUGUGGUCAUCAUCGAAAGGACCACCACCUGAGAUGGUCGCCCUUUUUAAAUAAAAACACACCGGAGACUAAAAGGAUAGAUGAUUAAGUACACACAAAGACUUUAUUCUGUAUUUAAGAUUGAAGAUUUAAAAGAUAAUCUGCUGUUUUUUAAGAAACUGUAAUUAUAAUUGCAUGUGCUGUUUAUUUUGUGUUGGAAGUGAGGGCUUUGAUGUUUUCAUUGAAGCAGAGCCCUUAAUGAAGGGGGUUCAAUCAGUUGGUUAUUAUCGAUUUUAUUGAUUUACAUAACUCUUGCCAUAUUUUUAUUUUUAUGUGUUUCAUGUAUUUGUUUCAACCACUGUUGCCUGAUCCUCAUUCAAACAUGAACAUGACUUAUGAUCAUUGCCGCCUUCUAAGAGAGAAACAUAAUGACAAGGUAUCUGUUUUAAAUUGAAAUAAAUUUGUUCCUAUACUUGC